AUGGAACUGCCACAUCUGUACGAGCUUUUUCCUGUGACGAGCCCUGAGGUUUCUCGGGGACCUGGGGGACCAGGAAUGAGCUUGCCCGCAGCACUGGCGGAGCUGGACCUAAGCAAUGACCUUGUCAUCUCUUCCUCCGAAAUUCCCUCUGCCAUCUCCAGCUCUGAAACCACUUCUGGUCCCUCUAUUCAAAUGCCAAUGCCAACAUGUCCCCUGGAGCAGGCCUACCAGGUGGUUCCCAGGGAGAGGUUGACUUACAAUCACACUGAUUCGGCAGUUGCUGUCCCUUUUUUUGGAUUUUUGAUGGAAGACGACCUGGAGCCUCGGGUUCAGCCCUCGGCUUGGCCUCUAUUUGCUUCCAGCAUGUUGCAGGCUUUGAGCCCCGUCGCUCAAAUUGAAGACGCCCUAGAAGAAGUGGCUACAGUUCGGGGCUCCAUGUCUCCGCGUGUCACUUAUCUGGUGGAGAGCGCGGAGAAUGAGACUGUUCCGUCCAAUUUCCAUGGUCCGGAGCUUGCCCAGGAGUUUCUGGGUGAGCUUUUCACGAAAGUGGAGUCGGGGAAGACGCCUCAGUCUUUGUACGAUGCUUAUGAGCCGGUUCGGCCUAGUCUAAAGCCAACUACGAUAGAGUCUCUCAACAUAGAGAGCCUUCAGGACAGUGAGAUCCUGUUCUUCUUCGGUGUAUUUGCCAUGAUGGCCAAAUUAAACCCGAAAUAUCAGUUCAAACAUGGUGGCCUAGGCGGAGAAAUGGUCGGAAUGAAGCUUACAUUGUAUGGCUACACGGUCUUUGUUGAGCCCAAUAGCGACUCGGCCAACGAAGCCAGAGUCUUGGGCUCCAAAAGAGCUCUGGUCAAACUGCAGGAGGAUUACUCGCAGUGGCCAGUACCUCCCGAACCCAAUUCUGGUUAUCCCGCGGGCCCAGAGUGGAAUUGGCCGAUACUGCUUAAAGAGUUUUGCGAGACUGAAAAUUGGUCACUUCCCUGCUACAGUCCCAGGUUGUAUGGCUCCAUCACUAACACUGAGUGGCAUUGCGACGUUUCUGUGAAUGGUCGUGUCUUCCGCACUGGCUGUCCAUCUAACAGCCGGGAACAGGCACAGAACACAGCUGCACAUAUUGCACUGCACACAGUGUUUGUGCAUGCCAAUAUUACCCCCGAGUUUAUCAAGGCAGCUGACGACCCAUGCUUCGAGUUUAAGAAAGAAAAGGUGUUCAAGUUUAAUUCCCAGAAAGAGACGUCGGCCGAUACCGUCUCCAUCACUCCAUCCAUGCCGGAUUUGCCGGCCCGAAAUCUAAAUAGCGAUACACCGGCUGGUAUCAUGGACAGCAUGGAGGCAGCCUUUGUUUCGGGCCGCUCGCGUAGCUCACGUGGUAAGGGCAAAGGAAGAAAGGCUGCUCAAAAGAAGAUUGCGAAGAAGGGUCCUAAGCCUGUGAAGGCUCUCACACCUCCAAAGCUCGGUCAUGAUUCAAAUCUUAUUCCUUUAACUAAAAGUCGCUUGGCUCCUCUCGUCAUCAAGCCGGUGGUUGUUGAGGAUCGCCUAGCUCGCCUGAAAAAAAUGCAACAGGAGCUAGGAGGAACGACCACUGAGUGUUCCUACCGUACGCUUUUGGCUCAUAUGUGUUCUGUGCUGAAGGUUAAUUUACCGGACAUCCGUCAUGAAAAGAACCCGGAUGAUUCUUCGCCAACCGGCUGGAUGAUUCGCGCGUGGUUUGAUCUCGAGGAUCCAUACCUGAGCCGUGCCAGUCCAAUCAUGCUGGCAACUACUCCCAAAAUGAAUGAAAGGGUCGCAAACUCUCUUGGCGUCAAAAAGCUGAUGCUUUAUCUUCUCCGCAUGACUCAGGAAGACGCUGGCAUUACCUCGUUGGAUCCAUGCUACGUAAAGGACUUUCCCUUUCUGAAGGCGUUAGAGGUGGAGAUUGAGCAGCGACUCAUGAAAGAUGAUGAAAAAUGGUCCAACUAA